AUGUCGCAUCAGCGAGCACAUGAAGAGGAUCCGUCAGGUUUCUCCAGGAAUCAGCCUCAGCCCUCGGCACACCCUCCUCUCAAUACGGGGCUCAUUCCUCGAGACUAUCUCGGGGCGCGAUCAGACAUGGCUGCGCGCCCGGGGCCUCCUGGAAGUCAGCUCAAUCAGCCUUCACCUCUUUUCACGAAGUCACUUCCGCUGUCUUAUCGAUCCGAAGGCUCUCCAGUCACGCAAAGCCCGCUUUCCCCCAAGACGAGUGCGAACCAGUCCCCUACCCAGAGCCGAUCGCCUGCGUCCCGUGUAGCCAAUGCGGCAUUCCCGGUGCCUCCCUCGAACACGGUGCGUCCCAUGUACCAGUCCACCGACACGACGAGUGCAGACGAACGAGAGAUGGCUUCCAGACACGAGGGAGGCAGCGUUACCAAACCGACCGGGAGCUACGAACCCGAUCGGCCGACAUCAUCCCCUGCCAACUCUGAUCUGUCGGUAUCCGGAGACCGUCCAACACCCCGUGCAAUGCCUCGCACAUCGUCUAUAGAUUCUGCGAUUUCUUCCCUAUCCUCCGCCUCUCAAAAAUCCAACUUCGACGUCAAAUCCAUAAGCCAGGCCGAUAUCAGUAACCUCGUCAACGCGGCAGGGUCGGCGGAGGCAGUUAUAGUACAUUUGUUGAAGGAGAAGCAUCAUGCGGCCUCGCAGAACUCCCAGCUAUGGAAGUUGGUUGACAAGCAGCGCACCCUCAUCCUAGGGCUCAAUAAAGAUCUGGAUCGCGCCUUCAAAGAGAAGGAAAAAUACAAGAAGAAGCUUAAGGAUUUACAAGACGCGACUCCUCCCGUUCCUCCGGUCGAUCCCUCUGUCUCGCAAACCUUCCUGGACGACGCAGAGCCGGCCAGCAGUGAAUCGACAGUGAUGCCUAGUCGCGACGAUGAAAAGCCAGAAGCACCACAGCGGGCAGCUCUUCCCUCGAUCACGACCUCAGGCCUCCCUCGUGGCACAGCAUCUGACCUUGCUUCUGCAGGGAGUUUCUCCUCGCCUACUAGUCCAGGCCAGCGCAAGCUUCCUCAUCCGGUCCGCAAGCCACCACCCGCCCCCUUGAAUUUGCAGCAGUUCGAUCAUGUCAGUGAGGACAUAGUCGAUGCCGAUUCCGACUCCGACUACGGUGAUCAGGCUGAUGCGGACGAAAGCUCCAGUUUGGGUCGAGGAAGAAGAAAGACCAGAGAAGAGGAUGAUCGCGAUCGUGAAAACGCACUACAUCAAGGAAUCGAGGCGCCUGGUGCUGACAGCGCAGACGUGAAUGGCUCACCCUAUGGAGCACCCACUACCAUUGUGUCUCCUGGUGGGACUCCAGCUGAGCUGCCUCGUGAGCUCGUGACGCGAUCGCCGCCAAAUGUUGGCGCCACUGAGUCUCUGGGCUCGAUGCUCAACUCCCGCUCCACCAUCUUGGCGCCAAACAAUCGGUCAAUUGCCUCGAUGCCGAAGAGCCCCGGUCUGCCGAUGAGUCCCAGACCCGAAGAUCGACCUCUUGGAUCCCCUCUUCCUCGAAUGCCUCGUGACCUUGCAGCUCAAACAGGACUGGUUGCCAGCGGUCUUCCCACCUCUCCGAGGGCGGGGAGGCCCCCCGUCGGAUUCCCAAAUACGGAAUCACAAUCGACCAGCGGCAGACAUGGCGGCCAGAUCCCUUCAAUUGAUCCCAACGUCAAGAUUGACAGCCCACAGUCCCCCCAGUUCGCGGAAACGAGUAUCUACGAAGGCCUGGUAUCUGACGAGUACCCCGGCCUUCUUCUACCACCGAACGCUUUGCCACUGAUUCAAGUUCGUGUAUCCUCCUCCCGUCUGCGUCCGUCAAGGAACAGUUAUAUGGCCUCUAGGCCUUUGGACGAAGAGCCGGUAUUCACAUUGAGCGUGAUCUCUCGUUCACAAAUGGCGGAGCUUUGGCGUAUUGAGAAGGUCAUUGGAGCUUUACCCACUCUAGACCAGCAACUUCGACAGUCAGUCACUCUUCCAGGCAAGUUGCCGGAUCGCAGCAUUUUCAGCGGUCAUUCGCCGGCAAAAGUGGAUGCGCGUCGUGCCGCGCUCAACAUGUACUUCGAUAGUCUUCUUGAUAUCCAGAUGGACGAACGAGCGGCAUUGGUGCUCUGUCAAUUCCUCACUGAUGAUGCAAUUGAGCCAAGGGACGAUGAGACCAGCCUGUUGAAGGGAUCGGCCCAUACGAAACACGAGAUGCCGCGGGGUCCUGAUGGCAAGCCCAGGAAGGAAGGCUACCUGACCAAGCGCGGCAAGAACUUCGGUGGCUGGAAAGCUCGCUAUUUCGUACUCCACGGGCCUGAGCUGAGGUAUUUUGAGUCGCCCGGUGGCGCCCAUAUGGGAAAUAUCAAGCUUCUCCACGCGCAGAUUGGCAAGCAGUCCCAGAACGCCAAUUCGCCGCCAGCUUCAGAGGAAGACUAUGAUAACCAAUAUCGACACGCAUUCUUGAUUCUAGAGCCCAAGAAGAAAGACUCGUCUGCCCUUGUUCGCCAUGUCUUGUGCGCCGAAAGUGAUGAGGAGCGCGACCAAUGGGUCGAUGCGCUGAUGGAGUACGUGGAGCCUUCUUCUUCAGACGCAGAUAGCCGCGGCACGUUAUCCAAGACCCAGCACCAACAAGGUCAGUCGAGGUCCUCUGGAACCAGCUCCAAGGCGACAAAAUUGUCUCACAGUGGGAGCAAGCGCACUGGCCGGGGGAUUGAUAGCCCUGAUCAAGAUGGUAGGAGCUCCGUGACAGGCAUUCGCUUUGAUGAUACAAUCGCAGAGGAGCCUCCUAUCAUCGGUUCCUCUCUUGAGUAUGCUUCUAGAUCCCCACGUAUCCCUCAAGCUUUGGCAAACGAGAUACGUGAAUAUCAUCAGCACCAUCAUGUCGACCCAGCCUCGCAGUCGCCAAAGUUUAUCUCGGCGCCCACCAAUGGAGCGGUGAUUCAAGAUGCCGGGGCAUGGGGUAACAAACCCACGACUACUACCUCGGUCAAGGAGAAAAAGCGCAGUAUUUGGGGGUUCAGAACGCGCUCUUCCUUCGACCUCGCCGGGUCAGCUAACGAUUCCUCUGUUGCACCAGUUGAGCGGAGGGAAAAUGUCAAGCCUGUCUUUGGAAUUCCUCUGGCAGAAGCUGUGAAAGACUGUGGCCCACACGGAGUGGAGGCCGAUCUCCCUGCUGUCGUGUACCGUUGCAUCGAAUAUUUACACUCGAAAGACGCAGCCCUGGAAGAGGGGAUCUUCCGCUUGAGUGGUUCGAACGUGGUGAUCAAAGCGCUCAAGGAGCGCUUCAAUAACGAAGGAGAUGUUGACUUCUUGACCGGCGACCAGUACUAUGAUGUUCAUGCUGUCGCCUCUCUCUUCAAACAGUAUCUUCGUGAACUUCCGACAACCGUUCUCACUCGAGAGCUCCAUUUGGAUUUCCUCCGGGUUCUGGAACUCGAUGACAAGCAGAAGAAAUUGACUGCAUUCAACUCGCUUGUGCAUCAAUUACCCAAGCCGAACCUUUCUCUUCUACGAGCGCUCUCGCUCUUCUUGAUCGAGAUCGUGAACAAUUCAGAUGUCAACAAGAUGACGGUCCGGAACGUGGGAAUCGUCUUCGCGCCGACCUUGAACAUUCCAGCUCCUGUCUUCUCGAUGUUCUUGACCGAUUUUGAUAGCAUCUUUGGCGAUGCUGAGGCCGUUGUGCCUACCGUGGAGCUCACGGUGGAGAACAGUCUUUCUCCUGACGAUGUCCGCUCACCACGCCAUCAAAUGUUCUCGGAUAUCCCCACUCCGUCAUACAACAAAACUGCUUUCAAUGGAUCAAAUAGCGGCUCGGGCUCUACAGAACCCGUUCAUAAUUACGACACAGGCUUCAUCCCUAUGCAGCCGUCCUAUGAACAGCCAACGUAUAAGAGCGAGACUUACAGCGCAAUGCCGGGGAACUCGAGUCAAUACCAUUCAAUGAAUGACAUGCUUAACCCAACUUCGAAUGAUUCUCGUUCCGCCAAGGCGAAGCGACGAGAGAGCUCCAUGCUUUACAUGGAAAGUACUCCCGGCGAUUUCUCCGCUCCACCUGGUCAAAUCUGA